AUGCUCAGGCAGAGCGCAGCAGAUGUCACGAUCAGACAGCUGGGGGACAAGCGAUCUCUGAAGGAGCAUCUGGAAGAACAAGACGACAGAGACCUGAGGUACUUCCAACCUAACCUCCACACUGCAGACGGGUCGAAUGUUUGCUUCCAGCCCAUCAACAGGCUGCAGGGUGCAGACAGACUGGACACAGCAGACCUGAUGACUGAGACACACACCACAAACACCAGGGAGGUCAAGAAGAAGAUUCUGAAGAAGGUUAAGAGCAAUAAAGAGAAAGAACUCAACAGGAUGCUUCUGGAUUUUGUGAGGAAGGUACCAAAAGAAACCUUGACACAACUUAUGGAGGCUCUGCUGAGUGCAAACAUGUUGAAGUCAUCAGAGAAGGAGGCAAUCCUUCAAAACCACACCAGAGUAAACAUGGCCACCUGCUUAGUUGACACUGUAAUGGAGAAGGAAACUAAUGCCUCCAAAGAGAUGAUUCAUCAUCUUCAAACCAUCGAUCCACAACUGUGGUCUGAGCUACAGUCAUCUUCUAUCACAGGUCAAGAGUCUGGUGAAGAUCUCUUUGAUAAUGAAAAACCCUUCUGGGACAUGAAGGAAAUCUGGCAGCCGAAAUCUCUUGAAGACAACAGUGAUGCUCAAUGGUUGAAGGACCAACUGGAAGAUCUGGAUAGCAGAGAGUUGAAGUACUUCCACUGGUACCUUCACACUUUGCCCGAGUCCGACGUUGACUUCAAACCAAUCAAAACGAGCCGUCUGGAACAUGCAGACAGAUUGGACACAGUAAAUCUGAUGUUUCAGAAGUACACCACAAACACCAAGGAGGUGGCAGAAAAGAUUUUCAAGAAGAUCAUUCCACAAGAAGGACAUGUGUUUAAAGUUUGGCUUCUGGAUAUUUUGGAAGACCUGGACAAAAAGGAGCUGAAGUUAUUCCAGUGGUACCUUCAGAAUGCGGACGAGUCCAAGGAUGGCUUCAAACCCAUCACAAAAUCCAAGCUGUAUGGUGCAGACAGACUGGAAACGGUAGAUCUGAUGAUUAAGACAUACACCCCAAAGACCAGGGAGGUCACAAAGAAGAUCCUGAAGAAGAUUGAAAGCAAUAAAGACAAAGUUACCCCUGAAGUAGAGGAGCAGAUUACUCCAUCAUCUACAAAUGAAGAGAAAGAACUCAACAGGAUGCUUAGUGACUUUGUGAGGAAGGUACCAAAAGAAACCUUGACACAACUCAUGGAGGCUCUCCUGAAGGCAAACAUGUUGAAGUCAUCAGAGAAGGAGGCAAUCCUUCAAAACCACACCAGAGUAAACAUGGCCACCUGCUUAGUUGACACUGUAAUGGAGAAGGAAACUAAUGCCUCCAAAGAGAUGAUUCAUCAUCUUCAAACCAUCGAUCCACAACUGUGGUCUGAGCUACAGUCAUCUUCUAUCACAGGUCAAGAGUCUGGUGAAGAUCUCUUUAAUGAAAAGAAUAAGACUGAGAAACCCCAAGUAGAAGAGCAGCAGGAAGACCAGCAGGACUCAGAUAUUAGUCGGUGUCAAAGUGACCUUAAAGAGUCUCUAAAGAAGAUGUUCCGAUAUCUCCAUGAAGACAUUGUUGAAGCUCAAAAUCAAACCUUUCAGAAUCAGAUCUCCACAGAGCUCUACAUCACAGAGGGAUUGAUUGGAGUAGUUAAUGACAAAAAGGGAGUCAAAGUAAGUAAAUGGAAACAGAUUCGAACAGCAUCCAGGAAACAUAAGUCAACAAUCACACAAGAAAACAUUUUCAAACUCCCUCCUGGAAGACAGGAACCAAUCAGAACAGUGAUGACAACAGGUGUGGCUGGAAUUGGGAAAACAGUCUUAACACAUAAGUUUAUUCUGGAUUGGGCUGAAGACAAAACCAACCAGGACAUCCACUUCAUAUUUCCAUUCACUUUCAGAGAGCUGAAUGCCUUGAAAGAGAAAACAUUAAGCUUGGUGGAACUUGUCAAUCUCUUCUUUUCUAAAAACAAAGAAAUGUGUAGCUUUGAACACUUAAAGGUUUUGUUCAUCUUUGAUGGUUUGGAUGAGAAUCGACUUACUCUGGACUUCUGCUGCACUCAAAUCCUGACUGAUGUUACAGAGUCCACUUCAGUGGAUGUUCUGCUGAUAAACCUCAUUAGGGGGAAACUGCUUCCCUCUGCUCUCAUCUGGAUAACCACACAACCUGCAGCAGCCAAUCAGAUCCCAGAUGAGUUCAUUGACAUGGCGACCGAGGUCAGAGGGUUCACUGACACACAAAAGGAGCAGUACUUCAGGAAGAGAUUCAGAGAUGUGCAGCAGGCCAACAGGAUCAUCUCCCACAUGAAGACAUCACGAAACCUGGACAGCAUGUGUCACAUCCCAGAGGUCUGCCGGAUCGCUGCAGAUGUUCUGGAGAAUGAACUAAAGUUCAAAGAGGGAGCAGAGCUGCCAAAAACUUUAACUGAGCUGUACAUUAAGUUCCUGGUGAUUCAGAAGAACACCAACAAGGAAAAAUACAGUGGUGGAGCUGGAAAUACAUACAUCCAAGAGAUGGUUGAGUCUCUGGGAAGACUGGCUUUGGAGCAACUGCUUAAAGAAAAAUUUAUCUUCAACAAAUCAGACCUCAAACAGUGUGACAUUGACAUCAAAGAUGCCUUGUUAUUCUCAGGAGUGUUCACUGAGCACAUUAAAGAGGAGAGAGGAUUAGGCAAAACUUCAGUCUACUCCUUUGUUCAUCUAAGCAUCCAGGAGUUUCUGGCUGCAGUCUACAUGGCUCACUGUUUCGCCAUUAGGAACACAGAGGUGAUAGAGAGCUUCCUAAGGGAAAACCAUAAUUACUCAGCUUUGGAUGAGUUCCUGAAGAAAGUCAUGGAGAAAUCCCUCAGGAGUAAAACUGGCCAACUAGACCAGUUUGUUCGCUUCCUUCAUGGCCUCUCUGUGGAAUCAAACCAGAGACUCUUAGGAGACCUGCUGAGGAAGACAGAGAACAGCCCUGAAACCAUUCAGAGAAUCAUCAACAAUUUGAAGGAGAUGAACACUGAUGAUAUCUCUCCAGAGAGGAGCAUCAACAUCUUCUGGUGUCUGACAGAGAUGAAUGACCUGUCAUUUUUUCAGGGGAUCCAACAGCUCUUGCAAUCAGGGAAGAAGCUCUCACAGAGCCAGUGCUCAGCUCUGGCCUUCAUGCUGCAGAUGUCACCGGAGGUCGUUGAUGAGUUGGACCUGGAGAAGUACAACACAUCAGAGGGGGGAAAACUGAGACUGGUUCCAGCUGUGAAGAACUGCAAAAAGGCUCGACUUGGUGGCUCUGAUCUCUCAGAGACUGAAUGUAAAGUUGUGGCUUCAGCUCUGAAGUCCACCCCCUCCCAUCUGAUUGAUCUGGAAAUAAGUAGGAUCAUUGAACUGAAAGACUCUGGAAUGAAGCAUCUGUGUCAGAUCCUGGAGAGUUCAGUCACUAAAGUGACAUUUCUGAGAUUGAAGUGGUGCAGGUUGUCAGAGAUCAGCUGUGCUUCUCUGGCCUCAGCUCUGCAGUCCAACCCCUCCCACCUGACAGAACUGGAGCUGAGCAAGAACUACGACCUAAAAGAUGCUGGAGUGAAGGAGCUCUGUGGUUUUCUGCAGAAUCCUUUAUGUAAAAUACAAAAACUGACAUUGAAGGAGUGCAGGUUGUCAGAGAUCAGCUGUGCUUCUCUGGUCUCAGCUCUGCAGUCCAACCCCUCCCACCUGACAGAACUGGACCUGAGUGAGAACAAAGACCUGAAAGAUGCUGGGGUGAAGGAGCUCUGUGCUUUUCUACAGACUCCUUUAUGCAAAAUACAGAUAUUGAGACUAAACGGCUGCAGGUUGUCAGAGAUCAGCUGUGCUUCUCUGGUCUCGGCUCUUAAGUCCAACCCUUCCCAUCUGACAGAACUGGACCUGAGCUACAACAACCUGAAGGAGUCAGAUGUUCAGCAGCUGAAGGAUCUUGUAAAGAUUCUGAGGUGGGAACCAUCUUUGUUAAGGGAGAGAAGCUGAACUGUUUCCUGAUGAUGAAGCUGCAGCAGUUUAAGUUUAAAGAGUGUCGAACUAACUGAUCUUCAGAUUUCCCCCUUCAUUAAAGAAAUUAACAGUAGGAUAAUAUUUCUGUAUCUAAUCAUGUAAUCAUGGAAAACUUGUAAUUUUGGUAAGUUGAUCAAAACUACAUGGGCUGUAGGAGAGACUGUGGUCAUUUUUCAUUUUUAGGAUCACUACAAAAAGGCAAUCUUAGUCUAAUUGCCAAAAUGUAUAUCUGCAUGUAUUAUUGGGAUAUUGUGCUUCUCUUUAAGCAAUCAGAAUGAAUGUAAACAUAGCUUUAUUCAUAAAAUAGCAUCUUCAGUAAUAGUUAUCUCUUGGCUCAACAUAGCCUGUGUAUGUUGACUUCAAGUCAAUUUACCACCGGUUAGGGAUCCCUAUCCCUCGCUUUCCCACCGCCACAAUGUUUCACUAGGGAUCAUAAUGUUUACUUUGGGAAGUCAACAUUAUUUCAUAAUUAUAAUUAUUGUUCCUUUCUUAAUAUGUUUGCAAAGUUGAGACUCCGUGGCAUCUAAGAAAAAUCAUUUUAGCCUCCUUUUCAGAAGUGCAUUUUCUUUUUCAUCAGUGUAUCAGUUUUUGUAUGCAUUGCUCCAGAUCCAAUAGACUUCCCCUCACUAACUUCACUGGUGGCUCCCCUACUUGUUUUGUGCUAAUAUACACGAGGCGUGAUGUCCACUCUAUAAUCAUGAAAAUGCAGAAUCUAAUAUUGAAGACACAGACAGCAGCUAAAAUAUGUGCAUUAAGUGUAUUUUGGUCAUUUGGCUCAACCUACCCCAAAGCUAUGAUUUUGACUUUACCUUAGUCUCUCCUAUAACUGACCAUUUGAAAUUGUCAGCAGUCAAUAAAUGAUUUUUUUAACUUAAGAAUUGAAUGUUACAAAUAUCAAUCAUAAUGUUGAACAAUGAUAUCAAUAAUUGAAAGUAAUGUGAGGUAAAAGGUAAAUCUCUGAUUUAAUUAAUGUUGUGAUUAAAUAUGUAUAAGAUAUAUUAAUCUGUUAUGAGGGACAGGAGAUGACUCAGAUGUGGCAUGAGUGGAAAAGAUGUUUACUGGGACAGAGAGACAUGAGGGGGUCAUGAUAAGAUAUGACAUGAGUUUAAAGAGGACGUUCAUUCGAUGGCAGGGACCAUGCACCUGGAAGCAAUGGGAAGGUCACUAGAUUUUGCAAAGAUGUCCAGACUAGCUCUAGUGUGAUCCAAAGAUGGGCAAAUAGACAAAAGGUUACAGAACUACAAAAGAGGGACUCCAGACAGGGUGUAAUGGGGAAACCAGUUAUGCUUCCAGACAGCAGACACACAAUCCAGGUUCAGAGACGCUCAUGAAGACACACAGGAAACAUGUCCUAAUAAGGACAAAGAAUGAGUUUAGGUUCCAGAAGAUCAUAGAAACAUGUUAGGCUUAGAGGGCAUAUAAGAGCUCUCUUUGGAAACAUCCAGUGUUGUGUCUUGGGGACAGUCUUCAUGUUCACAUCAGGAGGUGAGCUGGUGAAGAACUAACCACCAAGGUUUGAGGAUCUAAAUCAGACUGAGUAAGUGCAUCUCUGACGAGGCCAACUCACUAGCCAAGGGUUGAAGCUUAAAAUUUUAGAAUUACUCUCCAGACUGCUGCUUCAUGCUGGGUUUCUUCUUUUUGUUGCAUACAACAUUUUUCAUAGUUUCUGUCAAGAACAAGCUCAAUGGGUUUUAAUUGGAUUAUUGGGGCCACAUCUACCCACAUUGGAGAAAAUUGGAUUAUACCAUGUUUUACACACA